UCGGGAUAGUGUCGAUCGAUUAUCAUGAUAGGCUCCUUGGCAAACCUUCGUUCCCGCCUCUAACGGAAGCCGUUGGGAUAAGGCAAAACGACAACAUCAAUUCCUCAUAACGACCGAUUUCAUAGCACAAUUCCGCUAUGAUUAUCCGCGCAGUCUUGGCUACGAGCGCGCUGCUCAUAUCAUCGUCGACUGCGGCAAUUAACCCCGCAUUGGUUGGGACAUGGUCAUCCAAGUCCGCCAAGGUGAUGACAGGGCCGGGCUUCUAUAAUCCAGUCAAUGACAGCUUCAUCGAGCCAUCCCACGCGGGGAUUUCAUACUCCUUCACUGCGGAUGGCUUCUACGAAUCAGCCUACUACCGCGCAGUCUCCAAUCCAACCAGCCCCAACUGCCCCAAAGCGCUUCUCCAAUUCCAACAUGGCACCUUCACCGAAAAUGCCAACGGCUCGUUGAGCCUAAACCCCAUCGCCGUCGACGGGCGCCAGCAGCUCUCCGACCCCUGCAAGAACUCAAAGAACUCGCAGUACUCGCGCUACCACCAGCCGGAGCUGAUGAUGAAGUAUGAGGCGAAAAUAGAUGAUUAUAAGAAGAUCAACCGACUUGAUCUGUACCAAUUCGAUGGCACGCCCAUCCAGCCGCUGUAUCAGGCGUAUAGCCCGCCUAUGAUGCUGCCGACAGUGACGAUGAACCCGACAGACAAGGCUGAUGCGGCGAAAGAGACGGGUGCCAAGGUGAAGAGGGGUGAGGGGUUGGCGGAGAGCUUACUCGAGCCACUGAAUAAGGACGCCAAGCACAUUAAACGACAUUUGUCCGGAGCGAUGGAUGCGAAGUCGCCGUCCGGUAUGGCGGAUUCGGUGUGGUGGGCGGGCGUUGGGAUGACGCUCCUUGGCGGCGCGGCGUAUCUGUUAUAAUUAUGAGGUUGGAUGGGUUGGGUGACAUUUUAGACCGGCGAAUAGGCGGCGUAUAUAUAGACUUGGAUAGACCUGCACAAGAGGAAGAUAUUAUUUGUAACGAUAAAAGUAUAAAUUAAGCAUUGAACAAAC